AUGGCCAGCUAUCUCAUUACCGGAUCCUCGCGGGGUCUCGGCCUUGCCCUCGUGUCCCAAUUGCUCUCCCUCCCCGCAUCGCAAGUCGCGUCCAUCUUCGCGACCUCGCGAUCAGCCCUGCCCAGCCCCAAUCUCAAAGAGCUCAUCGACCAGCCUCCGGACGCGCCUCAUACGUGCAGCUCGACGGACAAUCUGAGCGACGCAUUCAACAUCAACGUGAACGCACCCCACGAAGUAACCCGUACAUUCUUACCCCUUCUUCGCAAAGGAGAGCGAAAGGUCAUUACCAACAUAUCCACGACAUUGGGUUCCAUAAGCACGGCCUCGCCGUUCAUGGCGAAAUUGACCCCAGAAUAUAACAUCACCAAGGCGGCUUUGAACAUGCUGACUGUUCAGUAUGCGCUGAGUCUUGAAUCUGAAGGCUUUACCGUUUUCUGUGUUAGUCCUGGAUGGUUAAAAACCGACCUAGGUGGACCCAGGGCGGAUCUACCGGUCCAGACUGGCGCCGAAGCAGUGAUGAAGAUCAUCCUCCAGGCGAACCACAGGGACACGAAUGGGAAGUUCCUCAACAUCCAUGUGCCGGGGUGGGAACGGACGCAGGGAUUCAAUCAAUAUGACGGGGCGGAGAUACCGUGGUCCUUACAGAGGCCAACUCUGAACAAAGCAAGCAUUGCCUUCCAACCAAUCAAUCACAAGUGCGAAACCCCCACCAUGGGCUACGACUUCACCGUUUACAAAGGCUCCCAGGACGGUUCGAUUCACAAAUCAAGCACACAUCGCGAUGCACUCCAAAAAGACCAAGUGCUCGUCCGCGUGACACACUCCGGGGUGUGUUUCACAGACGUACACUACCGGCACACAGACAUGGCGCUGGGCCACGAAGGCGCCGGCGUGGUCGAAGAAACCGGGCCCGAAGUGCAGGUCCUCAAGAAGGGCGACCGGGUCGGCUGGGGCUACGAGCACGACUGCUGCGGGCGGUGUUCGCAGUGUCUGACCGGGUGGGAGACGUUCUGUGCCGAGCGGAAGAUGUACGCGGCGGCCGACCUGGACCAGGGGUCAUUCGCGUCGCAUGCCGUGUGGCGCGAGUCGUUCCUGUUCCCGAUCCCAGACGGAAUCAAGAACGAAGACGCGGCGCCGUUGAUGUGCGGCGGGUCGACGGUGUUCAACGCGCUGCAUGUGGCGCAGGUGCGGCCCACUGCGCGCGUGGGGAUCAUCGGCGUCGGGGGCUUGGGCCAUUUGGCUAUUCAGUUCGCGGCCAAGAUGGGCUGUCAGGUUGUUGUGUUCUCGGGGAGUGAUAAUAAGAAAGACGAGGCGACGAAACUGGGCGCUACGGAGUUCUAUGCGACGAAGGGCGUGAAGGAGCUGAAGAUCGACAAGAAGUUGGACAAUCUCAUCGUCACUACUAGCAGUCAGCCGGAUUGGAAUCAGUAUGUUAACGUUCUGAAUCCAGGGGCUACGAUUUCGCCGCUGUCGGUUGACACGGAGGACUUCAAGUUCCCGUAUAUGCCGCUUUUGGCCAAUGGAUUCAAGGUCUUCGGCACGCUCGUCUCAGCAAGACAGGUGCAUCGUGAUAUGUUGGACUUUGCGGCCUUCCAUGGUAUCAAGCCCAUUAAUAUGACCUAUCCGAUGACUAAGGAGGGUAUUGAGGAUUGCUUGAAGACGUUGGAGGAGGGCAAGAUGAGGUAUCGGGGUUUGCUUGUUGCACAGUAG